UGACUGCGGAGACGGCAUUCUUUCCGCAAGACAAUUUCAUAGCGAGACCCCAUUUUAUCCAAUUACAUACGAGUGCCAUUGGUAGUGACUCUUCUGCUGUCUCGCGUACGGUGAGCGAGACGAGCCAUCUCCGCAGUUCGGACUGUCAAACCUAACUUCAGAUAUGUCCAAUUCAACGUCACGUCAUCCUUAAGAGAUAGUUUUGGGCAAUUGAGGGUUUUCCUAUUCUUCUCGACAUGCAGAGAGUAGUGGCCAGGCGGUCCUUCGCUGCGGCGAGAUGUGCACGAUUAUACCCUUCACGUAGACUUUCCUCGACAACAACAGCGGCGCCUAUAAUAAGAAUAACAAAUGGCACCUUCUACCGCCAACACCCAGCCACAUUAUCGUCAUCACCAUCCAGCACUCCAUUGAGUCAAACCCACGAUACAGCGUCAUCACAAACCAACCCACCCCUCUUCCCCGACCUCACCCUCUCCCUUCCAUCCCACGCAACCCCCAAUCAGCAUUGGGCCAUCCUGAGUCCCUCAUCCACCAUCCGCACCGCCUUCCUCCAAGUCCUCAGAGGCCAGUUGAUCUGCAUCCCGCCAACCUCCCGCUCCUUCCCGCACCUGCUCUCCGAGGAGAUUACUUCAAAGAACCCGGACCUCCGGUUCCCCGAGCGGGCGAUCGAGUAUGUGGGCUUCGACGUCGAGCGCAAGGACUUCGGCGGCGCGUACCUAAGCGCGAGGUACGAGAGCCGCGUCGAGGAGACCGACUUCACGCUCGAGAGGUAUCUCACGGGUAUCGUGGGGUUGAACCCGGGCGAGGAGGUUAUCAGGGAGAAGACGCCGGACCAUGAGGUCAUGCAAAGAGUGGUUAAGGAUCUGGAGCUGGAGAGGUUCUUCGAGAAGCCUGUUAGUACGUUGAGUAAUGGGCAGAGUAGGAGGGCGAGGAUCGGGAAGGCGUUGUUGACGAGGCCGGAGGUGCUGUGCUUGGAUGCGCCGUUUAUCGGUUUGGAUCCUUUCGUGUCUCAGCAUAUCUCGAAGGUGCUGCAUCGCCUUGCAGAGGCGAAUUCCCCCAGGAUAGUGCUUUCGCUGAGGCCGCAGGACGUGAUUCCAGAGUGGAUCACGCAUAUCGUCUACGCGGGAGAAGAUGGCAAAGUCGAUGCGCUCGGUCCCAAGGAUGAAGUAUUCAGGUACCUGCAAGAGCAGUAUCAGACUGCUGAACGCUCUGUCCCAGCCAAUGAUGGAGACCUGGACCCUAAGUUAGUGGAGAUCCGAGAAGUCGGACGACACCUUUCUGAACGGGGCGACUUCGAAGCAAAUGGAAUCGAGGAGGAUGGGGAAUCGUCAAAUGGGACGGCGUUGAGCAGAGACGGAUAUGAGAAGUUCGAUACUACACCCGCUACGAUUGGCGAGCCCGUCGUCCAGAUAGACGGCGCCCGCGUCAAGUAUGGCAGCAACUCUGUCCUCGGAGACUGGCAACAAACCGUAGACGGAUCGCCAAAGGACGGACUCUGGUGGAACGUCCAUCGUGGACAACGAUGGGGUGUCUUUGGAGCGAACGGAUCCGGAAAGACCACGCUCCUCAGCUUGGUGACAUCAGACCAUCCACAGACCUAUUCCGUGCCCAUCAGGAUCUUCCAGCGCUCACGCCUUCCCUCCCCCGGUGUACCCGGCAUCACGAUCUUCGACAUCCAGUCCCGCAUGGGCCAUGCCUCCCCGGAAGUCCACGCCCUCUUCCCCAAACGCCUCACCAUCAAAAGCACCCUCGAAUCCGCAUGGAGCGACACACCCAUCACGAACCCCAAGCUCACCCCCGAAGCCUCAGCCCGCAUAGAAGCCAGCCUCCGCUGGUUCGCCAGCGAACUCAACCCCAACCACGAUGACUCCCACCCCUCGUCCUCCCUCGACUGGGCAUCCAACUCCACGUUCGGCGAAGUCUCCUUCUCCGCGCAGCGCGUCCUCCUCUUCCUCCGCGCCACGAUCCGGAACCCCGAAAUCGUCAUCCUUGACGAAGCCUUCAGCGGCAUGGACGACCUCGUCCGCGACAAAUGCCUCCUCUUCCUCAGCAAAGGCGAGUCCAUGGCCCUGCACUACUCUCCAACUGGUCCCAAGCCGGUAAAGAGUGACGUCGAGAGCCCCGUCGUGCCCGGCUUGCAGGACCACCAGGCACUAUUAUGUGUUAGCCAUAGUAGACAGGAAGUGCCUGGCUGCGUUAGGGAGUGGAUAUGUCUGCCUGAGCCGGGGAGUGGGGAACCUAGGUUUGGGAGGUUCGAUGGGCCGGUCGAGUUGAGCUAUAAGAGGUGGAAUGAGAUUUGGAACUGGCCGGAGCAGAAGUAGAUUUGAAUGAUGGGCUGUUUAGAGCAUCAAAAAGCAUAACUAGAUGACAUAUAGAUACAAUAUCAACACUUGAAACCCC